AUGCACGAGCGUCUCGGUAGCGCCGCUGCUCGCGCGUCCGACAGGGACUCGCAGGAGGAGCUGGACAGCUUACUGGACGUGCGCUCGACAGGCAGCAGCAAUAGCAAGAUGCUGCUCCCCGUGACUGCGCUGCGGCGCAAGGCGAAGGACGAGCGCAAGGACGUCGACGUUGACGACGAGGACAAGGGCAAACCGGGCAGUGGUCGACGAAGCAGCGUCGCGGAUUGGCUGAAAUGCCGACGCUUGAAGACGACGGUCCUACUUGCACGAUGGAAGGGCGUACUGCUGCUGCUUUUGCUGCUGCUGCUGCUGGUGCUGGUGAUUGGUGCGACGGCGCUGGAAGUCGUGGGUCGCAUGCGGUUCAGCGGCUAUUUUGUCCCGCCGCGUGAGCACAAUGGACAGCUGGGGUUUUACCACGAGAUGGACGUGGACAUGCAGAAGCUCAAGGACUUGACAGGACGACCCGAGGGAAAGCUGUUUCCAGCGUCCGCAUUGGACCCGAGAGAGAUCCAGGCGUGGGUCGGUGAGCGUAGAAAACGGACCAAUGGACGCAAAUUGCUCGUUGGCUGCACGUCGGUGUGGAAAGGGUACGUGCUCCGCUCGUUUUUGGCGCUAUUCGAGGGGCUCAAGAGCCAUCACGGAUGGGAGGACUUGGACACGUCUGUGGACCCGAUGCAGGCGAUCAUGGACAUGGAUCGGAAACGAGCGCCGAGCGUCAUGUUCUUCUGCCUCAACUCGUUCUACCGGCCCAUGGCGCUACUGCAGCAGUACAGCGCAUACUUCCAUGAGCUGCGUGCAUUGGGCACGAUCGUGGCCGUGUGGAACGACGACUUGCAUUACUACGACCAGUUUAAUCCCAUUGUCCUGCGCGACAGCAUUCUGACCAAGGUGGACGUGCUCGUGAGCACGUAUACGUACUUGAUGGACGACUACUUUGCUGCGGUUACCAACCUGGUGAAUGAGCGCGAUUUGCCCGUCACAGUCUGGUUGCCCCACUCGUCCGGCCCGGACUUCGUCAAUGCCUCGUUUAACGAGUACCCAAUCAACAAGAUCAUUCUCUCUGGUAAGCUUGGUUCGAGCUGGUAUCCGCUGCGCCACUGGCUGGGCAUGUACCAACAAACUCACCAACGUAUCAUGGAUGUGUACCCGCACUCGGGCUAUUACGUCAGCGACAAUCAGUCUGCUAUCUAUGCGUCCUACCUGCGUUCGUACCGCACUGCCAUCACCACAACGUCGAUUUUCCAGUACGUCGUUGCCAAGAUUUUCGAGAUCCCAUCGACGGGAGCGCUGCUGGCUGUAGACCGCGACAUUGCGCCGCUGCUUGCUGCAUUGGGAAUGAACGAUGGCGAGCAUUACGUGGGUUACGACCGUCGGGACCCCGAGGCGAUCAUCUGGUGGGCAAGUGACGAGCACAACUGGCCCGCGAUCGACCGGAUCCGUCGCACUGGCAUGGAGCACGUUCGACAGCAUCAUCUCGUGACUAACCGCGUGCAGGCGCUGAACCUUUUCAUGAUGGAAGGCGUGGUCUCGUACCUGAACCCACCGGCGUUGCGCGUCCCCAGCCCCUGUCCGUCCAAGGCACUGCCAGCUGAGCGCGAAUGUCGGACGCGAGCUACACGCGAAGCAACGUACAAGUGCGAUCGCUGGUUGUGCGGCGUGCACUCGAUGCUGCCGCUCUGGACCUGA